CGGUGCGUGUGCAGACAUGGCUGCUGUGUGAUGAAGCUGGAGCAGCGGACUGAACUUAGAGAAGAGACACAAACUAAAGUAUUGAUCCUAUCACAUUAGUGUCGAUCCGACACUGAUACCAACGCCGUUAUCGCUUCUAUCGCUGUUUGGAUCGAUCCGUGCAGGCCCAGAUGAAGCAGCAAUGUGUUCAGUUCAGUAUCUGAGAGAGUUCAUCAAGGAGAGACUCACUGUUGUUUGUGAAGAAAUCUUCUCAGAGGUUCAAAAAACCAUCGUUCAGUAUGAGGAGCAGAUCAGCCGUCAGCGCAGACUGCUGGAUAUCAGCCGGAAACCCGACACGAACUUACAUAUCACAGAUCUCCCACAGCAAUGUGAUUAUGAGGAAGAGGAGGGUCUGGAUGAGCAGCAGGACUGUUACCAGAAAAGAAACUCCAGUCUGAACCAGAAGAACCCAGAGCCUCCACAGAUUAAAGAGGAACAGGAGGAACUCUGCAGCAGUCAGGAGGGAGAGCAGCUUGGACUGAAGCAAGAGGCUGAAGGCAUCUGGACUGAUGGAGAGCGGCUCAGACUGAUGGAGAACAUCUGGAAACCUGAGAUAAAGUUACACAGAAUAGACCCCCAAAAGAAACAUGUCUGUGAGGAGGAGGAGAUUUUCACAGAUCAGCAGGUCUGGAACCAGGAAAGGAACUCAAUUCUGGACCAGGUGGACCCAGAGCCUCCACAGUUUAAAGUGGAACAGGAGGAACUCUGCAGCAGUCAGGAGAGAGAGCAGCUUGGACUGAAGCAGGAGACUCAUACCUUUAUGUUGACUCCUACUUAUGAGGAAAGUGACCACAGUGAAACAGAACCAAACAGUGAGCAGUUCCUUUCUCACAGCUCUCCUGAAGCAGAGAGCCGAGAUCAGGAAGAAAGCCAGCAUGUGGAUUCAGGAUCAACUAGAAAUGCAGAGCUAAAGAAGAGGGGACAUCACAGAAAGAGAAGUUAUAAUCAGAGAGCAGACAAUACUCCUGUGUCAGAGAGUCAAAAUCAAUUUGGCAAAAGGAAAAGGUCUGUACAAUGUGACACCUGUGGAAAGAUUAUACAGAAUAAAUCCAACUUGAAUGCACAUCUGCGAGUUCACACAGGUGAGAAACCAUAUUCUUGUAACACAUGUGGGAAACGAUUCAUUCAGAAAUCCGAUUUGGAGCGUCAUAUUAGAACUCAUACAGGUGAAAAGCCGUAUACUUGUAGCACCUGUGGAAAAAGAUUUACUGACUUAUCAGGAUUCAGAAGACACAUGAGAGUUCACACAGGUGAGAAACCAUAUCCUUGUAGCACUUGUGGGAAAAGAUUUAACCAGAAAUCAGAUAUGGAACAUCAUGUAAGAACUCACACAGGUGAGAAACCAUAUUCUUGUAGCACUUGUGGAAAAAGAUUCAUUCAGAAAUCAGCAUUGACAAGUCAUUUAAGAACGCACACAGGUGAGAAACCGUAUCCUUGUAGCAUCUGUGGGAAAAGAUUCAAACAGAUGGCGAACUUAAAGACGCACAUAAGAAUUCAUACUGGUUAAAAGUUUCAUGCUUACAAAAUGUGGGACAGCUGUGUGUCAUAGCAGUGUGUUGGUGGUAGAGCUCACAUUAAGCAGAAGUUCAAUCACUGCAUCACUUGAGUGAAAAGAUGAUCCAGAUUCAAGUACCCAUUUUGUGACCUGGAGCCUAUUCCAGGAAGCAUGUUCAACAGACUCUGAGUUUAAAAACAUACUCUGAGUUGAUCAACGCUGAGAUCGGCAACUCUGAGUUUCCCGUUCCAGAACAGCUGAUCAGAGUUAGCUCAAUCUGAGUAUGAUCACCCUGAUUUAGCAUGUGCUGGUGGAGUGCUGAUACCAGGAUUCACCAUGGCAAUGGGUAAAUAAAGAGCAGAGCCUCCAUUUUAAUCCGAUGGGUGGAGGAUUGGACGUGUCAGUGUGGAGCAUGACAAGUCACUUUAAU